AACUACGCAGUGCAACGCAACAUUUGCGAUUUUGCCCCGCCAUGGGCCGAGACAGGUCAAGAUCAAGAUCUGCGUCAGACUACUCGUACACGAGCUAUUCAGAGGAGGAUGCCAAGAAGCAGGCGGCGAAAGCUGCGAAGGGCGCAGGAGCUGCUGACAAGGGCCAAGUGAAGCGAAAAGCGCAAGAGGCUCUCAAGGCAAAGGAGCCCAAGGCGAAAGCGCCUAGGAGCACCGAUGCAUCACCGCAGGCGAACGCGGCCGAGAACUUGCGGGAAAUGCUCGCGGAGCGCGAGCGCGAGUUGGCUGAGGAAGUCGACCCGGACCGCAAGAAGGACAAGCAGAAGGAUAUCGAGAUCCUGAAGCAGUGGCUGAAGGACAAGGAGGCGAAGGCCAUUGGUGAUGCGCCGGCCAAGGCGAAAGACGGCAGCUCCUUGCCCAAGGCCAGCAUGCAGGAGGCCACAGAGCCAGCCGCCAUGAAAGAGCCAGCCAAAGCUGCGAAGGCAGGAAAGACAUCAAAGAAAGUGUCUUCCAAGGAGGAGCCCAAGGCCAAAGCGGGAAAGAGCGAGGCGAAGAAGCCGGUGGAGAAGAAAAAGGAAGAGGUGUCGGAGAAGAAGGCAUCAAAGAAAGUGUCUUCCACCAAGGAGAAGGAGCCAGCAAAGGCAAAGGAGGAAAAGACCGGAGAGGAUGGAAAGCAGCAGGUGGAGCAGAAGAAGUCGGAGGCAGACAAGAAGACACCAAAGAAAGUGUCUUCCAAGGAGGAGCCAAAGAAGCCCAAGCAAGCUACAGAGAAGAUGUCGCACAUGCAGCCGCAGCAGGAGAUCAAGGAGAAGGCAACGGACGAGGUGAAGGAGACGGACAAGAAAGACCAGCUCUUGAAGAGUGCUGAAAUGAUUGAGCGCGCCAAACAGGCGCUCCUGAGCUUAAGCCAGCAGAAAGCGGAGGCGGCCGCGGGGCGGGACGUCUCUCCUGAACCGCACGAGGUCGACGCAGAAGCUUCUCCCAUGGACAAGGUCACCGUUCUGAUGCCCUCUGAGAAGGUGCCUCCUUGUGAGCUGCCAUUGUGGUGUGUCAUGCCAAAUCCGCGCGAUGUUGAAGCUGUCUUCGAAAUCGUGCGGCAGGUCUCCGGAGUGCCAGGGCCGCCAAAGCGGCUACAGCUUGGCCGCCGGGCAUGGGCGCUGCUCGGGCGCAGGCUGCCAGAGGCGCAGGUGCUGGAAGCGAAGCGUGCAGGUGUGCCAGAGCCCGACAUCGGGCUCGCGUGUCCCAUCUCGUCAAAGGCACAUGCCUUGGUGAUGCAGAAUUGGCUGGGCAAGAUCUUCCUGCAGGACCUGGGCUCCACACAUGGCACCUUCCUGGGCGGCAUGCGCUUGAAGCCUCAUGAGCCCUGCGAAUGGAAGCCCAGCAUGCAGGCCUACUUCGGUGACCCGCAGCUGGAGUAUUUCGAGCUCCGUUGAAGGCAGC